AUGGUUAACUUCACUGUUGAAUAAAUUAGAUAGAUUAUGGAUAACUAAGACAAUAUCCGUAAUAUGUCAGUUAUUGCUCACGUCGAUCACGGUAAAUCCACCCUUACCGAUUCCUUGAUUUGCAAGGCCGGUAUUAUUUCUUCUAAGGCUGCUGGUGAAGCUAGAUACACCGAUACCAGAGAUGAUGAAAAGGAAAGAGGUAUUACCAUUAAGUCCACUGGUGUCUCUAUGUAUUACGAAUAUGAUUUGAACGAAACUGGUAAGUAAGAACCUUACUUGUUGAACUUGAUCGAUUCUCCGGGACACGUCGAUUUCUCCUCUGAAGUUACUGCUGCUUUGAGAGUUACUGAUGGUGCUUUGGUCGUCGUCGAUUGCGUUGAAGGUGUUUGCGUCCAAACCGAAACCGUCUUAAGACAAGCCAUGCAAGAAAAGAUUAAGCCCGUCCUUAUCGUUAACAAGAUUGAUAGAUCUAUCUUGGAAUUAAAGCACGAUGGUGAAACCAUGUAUCAAAAUUUCAUUAGAGUUAUUGAUAUGGUCAACGUUAUCAUCGAUACUUACAACCAAGAAGAUAUGGGUCCCCUCCUCGUUCAACCCGAUGAAGGUUCCGUCGCUUUCGGUUCUGGUAAGGAAUGUUGGGCUUUCACUUUGACCAAGUUCUCCAGAAUCUAUGCCAAGAAGUUCGGUAUUGAUAAAAAUAAAAUGAUGAAGAAGUUGUGGGGUGACAAUUUCUUCGAUGCUGCUUCCAAGAAGUGGACCAACAACAACGUUAGUGACAAUGGUACUCCCUUGAAGAGAGCUUUCGCUUAAUUCAUUAUGGAUCCCAUUUGCAAGCUUGCUAACGCCGUUAUGGAUAACGAUAUGGAAUUGAUGGACAAGAUGCUCAAGACUCUCGAACUCACUCUUACUCAAGAAGACAGAGACCUCAAGGGUAAGCACCUCCUCAAGGCUGUCAUGUCUAAGUGGUUGAACGCUGCUGAUACUAUCUUAGAAAUGAUGGUUAUCCAUUUACCCUCCCCCAGAAAAGCUUAAUAAUACAGAACUUCUUAUCUUUACGAAGGUCCCCAAGAUGAUGAUAUCGCCAAGGCCAUGAAGGCUUGCGAUCCCAAGGGUCCUCUUAUGAUGUACGUCUCUAAGAUGGUUCCCACCGCUGAUAAGGGUAGAUUCGUCGCUUUCGGUAGAGUUUUCUCUGGUACUAUUGCUACCUCCCAAAAGGUUAGAAUCCUUGGUCCCAACUAUCAACCUGGUAAGAAGGAAGAUCUCCACGAAAAGACCCUCCAAAGAACUCUUAUUAUGUAAGGUAGAACUACCGAAUACAUUCCCGAUGUUCCUUGCGGUAACACCGUCGGUUUGGUUGGUGUCGAUCAAUUCAUCUUGAAGACCGGUACCAUUACUGAUCACCCCGAUGCUCACACCAUCAGAUCCAUGAAAUACUCCGUCUCUCCUGUCGUCAGAGUUGCCGUUAAUGUUAAAAACGCUGGUGAUCUUCCCAAGCUCGUCGAUGGUUUGAAGAAGCUCUCCAAGUCUGAUCCUUUAGUCAUCUGUACCACUGAAGAAUCUACUGGUCAACACAUUAUUGCUGGUUGCGGUGAAUUGCACAUUGAAAUUUGCUUAAAGGAUCUUGAAGAAGAUUACGCUAACUGCCCCAUCAUUAAAUCCGACCCCGUCGUCACCUAUAAGGAAACUGUUACUGCUGAAUCUAACAUUACUUGUAUGUCCAAGUCUGCUAACAAGCACAACAGAAUCUACGCUAAGGGUGCUCCUCUUGAAGAUGGUCUCGCUGAAGACAUCGAAAAGGGUACCAUUAACCCCAAGGACGAUCCUAAGGACAGAGCUAAACUCUUAAACGAAAAAUACAAUUGGGACAGAACUGAAGCCGGUACUAAGCUCUGGUCUUUCGGUCCUGAAAACGUUGGUCCUAACUUGGUUGUUGAUCAAACUAAGGGUAUCCAAUACGUCAACGAAAUUAAGGACUCCGUUGAAUCUGCCUGGUAAUGGGCCUCCAAGGAAGCUGUCAUGACUGAAGAAGGUAUGAGAGGUGUCAGAAUGAACCUCCUCGAUUGCGUUCUCCACGCUGAUGCUAUCCACAGAGGUGCUGGUCAAAUUCUCCCCACCGCUAGAAGACUCUUCUACGCUUGUGAACUUACUGCUGAACCCAGACUCCAAGAACCCAUCUUCACUGCUGAAAUUACUGCUCCUCAAGAUGCUAUGGGUGGUGUUUACAACUGUCUCAACUAGAGAAGAGGUAUCAUCAACGAAGAAGAAUAAGUUUAGGGUACUCCUAUGGCUAUUGUCAAGGCUUACUUACCUGUCGCUGAAUCCUUCGGUUUCACCGCUCACUUAAGAGGUCUUACUCAAGGUCAAGCUUUCCCUCAAUGUUUCUUCGAUCAUUGGGCCACCAUUAGUGGUUCUCCCUUCGAAGCUAACUCCAAGGCUGCUGACAUCGUUAAUAACAUCAGAAAGAGAAAGGGUCUUAAGGAAGGUAUCCCUGAUCUUAACAACUACUUGGAUAAGCUAUGA